CUUCCGCACAACAGCAGGUCAGCUGAUAGAAACGGCACGCGGAAACUGUAAAGUCAAUUGGAAGGCGCCAGAAGCUCUCCAAAGUAAGCGGGCUACGUCCACAAACCACCUUUUAAUGUUGACUACAGCGGUUUUCUUAACGUGAGCAAGACUUUGGAUAUCAACACAGAUAGCGUAUCUUCCAAACACGCUCACCGAGCUGUCAGCCUCAGGAGAAAGUCAUGGCACAUGACGAGUCGCUGGUCGCUUUGAAUGGGACACAAAUUUCCUACAUUGGACAUGACUGCAAGUACAUCCCAGACUUCCUCGGAGACACAUAUGGCCAGUUUGCACGAAGACUGGAUCUAAGCUUCAAUCAGCUCAGGUCACUGGCGGGCCUCAAAAUGUUCACCGAGCUGGAAGAGCUGGUCGUUGACAACAAUCUGCUCGGAAAUGACCUCCGGUUGCCCAGGUUGCCCAACCUGCACACCUUAACACUCAAUAAGAACCAUCUGACUGAUAUCGAGGCCCUGCUGGAACACUUGGCUGAUGUGACCCCGUCACUGGAGUACCUAAGCCUGCUGGGAAAUGAGGCCUGCCCCAACCAGCUGGUCAGCCCGGAUAAGGAUGAGGACGACUACCAGAGAUACAGGUACUUUGUUCUGCACAAGAUGCCCCAGCUGAAGUUUUUGGACAGCAGGAAAGUAACCAGAAAAGAAGUGAUGGAGGCGCAAGCAAGAGGAGCAUUCAUGAAAGUAGUCAAACCAAAGUCGGAAGCUCUAUCUAAUGAGGCUGGAUCUGAGAGUCACCCACUGCCCUACACUCCUUUGCCCCGAGGAUCCAGAGAUGCCAAGAACCACAAAGGAGUAUUCAGCAAGUGCCGCUACGUCUACUAUGGCAAGCACUCAGAGGGCAACAGAUUCAUCCGAAACGACCAACUCUGAUGGACAGACAGUACGACAAAAAGAGGGACAUGAGUGAGAAGGGAUGUAAACAGAAAGAAAGAGAAUCAAAUCAGUCUCUAUUGACUAAAACCAGUGGUGAUACCAGAGUCACCUGAUCUCCCAACAGAUUUGAACUUCAUCAGGAGAGUUUCUUAUGUAAGAGGAAUAUGAAAGUUUGUAUUCCAGCCCCAUAGUUGUGGCCUCCUCUGCUGAGUUGGGUCCACCUCUGAAUCUCUGCUUCCAGCUCAGAGUCAGAGAUGACACUCCCACUGACAUGAUUGCCUCUAAGCAUCAGCAACCGCACAACACCAGACUCACACAUAACACACACGCAAGAGGAAGGACAGUCUCACUCUCUCUCUCUCUCUGUCAUUCCCUUACCCGCAGUCUGCAACAAACACACCCAGCCAAUUGCAUCCUUUUCUUUGACAGCCAUGAUGGAUCACCCGUCUACUACUGCCACUAAUCAAGGGUGAAAGGGGUGACGGUCACACACCUGGGGCCUGACAUGGACUCAUCUCUCUCGUUCUCUCUCUUUCUCACAAAAACACCAAGUCACAUAACUGCUGUUUAAAGCAUUAAGAUGUUGCAAGGAGUUUGACAGGACAAGGUGUAAUACAGGUUUGGUUUGUUAAACAGGUUUGGAUUAACAUUUUUUGAGGCAUGAUCAGUCUAUCUUGUUUAGCUUGUGGCAAAUGCAUUUUUAAAUGUUCUUGAAUGAAUGUUAUGUUUGUGUCUCUACCGUCCUCUUUAAAGUCAGACAUGUCUGAUAUCUGAGCAAUGAUUCAGUCAAUUUCUGUUGCAAGUAUGAGUUGGCAUGUGUGUCAUUUUCUGUUAGAAAUUAUGCUUUUAAAGUCAAAAACAUUCCAACAACAGCUUUAAUGAAGAACAGAGUUGUAACCAAGUAAGCAUUCCAGGUGUAUUGUUAAGUAAUAUGGUGCCUUUUUCUAAUGUUGUUUACUUUUCCCCUGUGUCUUCAAUCAGUUGGCUACUUCCUACUAAAAUAUUGCCUUCAUUGUAUGAUUAUAAACAAAAUCUAAGACAUAAUCUUCAAAAAAAAGUCUCUUUAGUAGUACUAUUCAAAUGCACUCUUUUAAUGUUUACAUUUUGUAAUACUUUUACUUUUAUGAUCACUAUGCCUUUCUAGUGUACUUUAAUGCGCUAAGCACAACAACCUGAGGUAAAGUUUUGCCAUCUUUUAGCAUCUUAAAGUUCUCCAGGCAGCCUUACAAUCUGACAUUUCAUGAAUGAUGUGAUAAAGCUGAUCUGAUAUAAAAUUGUAUUUGCUAGAUGUCUUCAAGUGAUUAAAAGGGUUAAACUUA